UCAAAACAGGUUAGUUCCCGUCGCAAAUAAUACUACCAUAGACCACCGAAUCUUCGAGAAGUAAACUGGAUUUAUAUGCAUCAUAAAACAAGCCCAUAGUUUCUCUCACAUUCUUCUCAAUCUUUCCAACCCAAAAAAAAAAAAAAAACCCUGCCUUCAACUUUAUCCAUCUAUUACGCCGCUUCAAUUUCCUCGUAAUCAUGGUGGGACAACCAACGGUCACCGUCAAACCCAGCCGGAGCGACGACAUCAUCGACCCUCAUCAGCAGCUUCAAAUCUCCGAACAAGUUAGAUCUCACUUCGAUUCCAUUCUCCCCAAACGCCCACCUAAACCCAACCGUAGUGAUCCCGUCGAAUCGGGAUCACUCUCCGAUGAACCGGUUACUACCAUCCCAGAGCUCAUCAAGUUCCAGUCGUUAAUAUCUCAAUCUCAAGGUAUAGUUUCCGAUGGUAACGCGGCGGUGGAAGAAGAGUUCGUGGAGACGGGAUACUACAAAGAAUUGGUUUCCAUCGACAAAGAACAUCACACGACAGGAAAUGGAUUUAUAAAGGUGGCAAGGGAGGAACAUGGAGAUUUAUAUGAUUUGCAAGUGCAGACCGGAAGAUACGAAGAUCAAGUGGUCAAAUCAAAUCCUGCAACAAAUGACUGGAUUCCUUCAAGUGGUGAUCAAGAUGAAUAUGUGUCGUCGAAACCUAACCGGAGUGAGAAUUGGUAGAUCAUCGGUGACGUGUAAUGUAAUUUUAUUUUUAUAAUGGUGAUGGGAGUUUGAAUCGGAAGGGAUAAGAUUAUAUAUGUAUUUUGAAUAAAAAAUGCUCAGUAUUUGGUUAUACAAGUACCAUAUGCAUAAAGUAGUUGGUUUUUAA